GGUUCGGGUUUCAAUAUACACCUCUCUAAAAAUCGAUUAAUCGAAAACUUUUGACUCUCUUCUCUCUCUCGAUCAAUCGAUUUUGGUUGAUUCGUCUCCUUGAUUUGGGAAUUAGGGUUAUUAUCCGAAGAUGACGACUGCAGCAAGGCCAACGUGGGCACCGGCCAAGGGAGGUAACGAGCAGGGUGGUGCUCGUAUCUUCGGCGCCUCUCAGAAGUAUUCGUCUCGUGAUGUCGCCGCUCAUACAACUCUAAAGCCUAGGAGGGAAGGGCAACACACUCAAGAGGAAGUGCAGAAGAAGAACCUUCGUGACGAGCUUGAAGAGCGUGAGAGGAGACACUUAGCUUCCAAAGACAAAUCCUACACUGAUGAUAGAGACCGCAGGAGAGGGAAUCAGCUAUUACUGGAAGGCUCUAAAAGGGACCCUGAAGAUCGGAUUGUUCCUCGCAGUGUAGAUGCUGAUGAUUCUGAUGUUGAUAUCAAAAGUGACGAUGAGGAUGAUAGUGAUGACGAAAGUGACGAUGAUGAGGAUGACACUGAAGCUCUUAUGGCUGAACUCGACCAAAUAAAGAAAGAAAGAAUUGAGGAGAGGCUCAGGAAGGAAAAACAGCAGCAGAUGGAAGAGCUAAACGCCAAAGAAGAGGAGCUUCUCAAAGGAAACCCACUGCUUAACACCACUCCCACUUCGUUUAGUGUCAAAAGAAGGUGGGAUGAUGAUGUGGUGUUCAAGAAUCAGGCACGUGGAGAAAUGAAAGCACCAAAGCGCUUCAUCAAUGAUACAAUCAGGAAUGACUUCCACAGAAAGUUCCUACACAGAUACAUGAAGUGAUUUGAACAAGAGUGUUAUUUGUUGCUAAGCCUCUUUAUUCUGUCUGGGUUUAUGUUGUCUCUUGUACUAAUACUGAACCCAACUUCUUAUUGUUUAAUAUAAAAAAGCUUAUGCGUUUGAAUUUAA